AUGGCAACUUCCUUAAAGGUCGCCGUUGUUGGUGCCGGUGUUGCCGGAUUAAGCGCCGCCCGUGAGCUUCAAAGAGAGUCCCACCAAAUUGUGGUGUUUGAAAAGUCACACCGACUCGGCGGAACAUGGGCCUAUGAUCCACGAGUUGAAUCUGAUCUCUUAGGACUUGACCAAAAUAGAGAGAUCAUUCAUGGAUCCCUUUACAAAUCCUUGCGAACGAAUCUUCCUCGUCAGCUCAUGAGUUUCACUGAUUUCAAAUUCAGCGACAAAACAUAUGGCGAUGAGAGGUUGUUUCCUGGGCACGAAGAAGUUCUGAAGUUCUUGGAAGAUUUUGCAGGUUCUUUUGAACUCACUGAGUUGAUUCGUUUCAAUACUGUGGUGACCCGAGUGGAAUUGGUUGACUCGGAGAUCAUCGAGUUUGAAGUGGAGUCGAAGACAAAUGGGAUGAAUACAGUGGAGGUGUUUGACGCGGUGAUCGUCUGUAACGGUCACAAUAGUGAACCUCGGCCUGCAUAUGAUAUUCCAGGUACAUUUAUGUGA